GAGAGCUCAUUCAUUAACACAGCGAAUUGCAUUUGGUCAGGUCGUGUUCUCAAAUUCCAUUUUUGAACCCAAAGGCGGGCAGCUAAAACAGAUCGCAGGGCUCCCAUUUCUUUCUUUAUCUCUUUCUUUUUCUUCAGCUGGUGACAGAAGAUGGCAGACACUGAGGAUAUUCAGCCACUUGUCUGUGAUAAUGGAACAGGAAUGGUUAAGGCUGGAUUUGCUGGAGAUGAUGCUCCUAGGGCUGUGUUUCCUAGCAUUGUUGGUCGCCCACGUCACACUGGUGUGAUGGUUGGCAUGGGCCAGAAAGAUGCAUAUGUUGGGGAUGAGGCCCAGUCUAAACGUGGUAUUUUAACAUUGAAAUACCCAAUUGAGCAUGGUAUUGUGAGCAACUGGGAUGAUAUGGAGAAGAUUUGGCACCACACCUUUUACAAUGAACUCCGUGUUGCCCCAGAAGAACACCCUGUUUUACUUACUGAAGCACCUCUCAACCCAAAGGCUAACCGUGAGAAAAUGACUCAAAUUAUGUUUGAGACAUUCAACACUCCUGCUAUGUAUGUUGCCAUCCAGGCUGUCCUCUCCCUCUAUGCCAGUGGUCGUACAACUGGUAUUGUUCUGGACUCUGGAGAUGGUGUCAGCCACACAGUCCCCAUUUAUGAGGGGUAUGCCCUCCCACAUGCCAUCCUCCGUCUUGACUUAGCAGGUCGUGACCUUACUGAUGCGCUGAUGAAAAUCCUCACUGAGCGUGGUUAUUCCUUUACCACCACAGCCGAGCGUGAAAUUGUAAGGGACAUGAAGGAGAAGCUGGCGUACAUAGCCCUUGACUAUGAGCAAGAGCUCGAAACUGCAAAGACUAGUUCUUCUGUUGAGAAGAGCUAUGAGUUGCCUGAUGGGCAGGUGAUCACUAUUGGUGCUGAGCGUUUCCGAUGCCCAGAAGUCCUUUUCCAGCCAUCCAUGAUAGGGAUGGAGUCUGCAGGAAUUCAUGAAACCACGUACAACUCUAUUAUGAAGUGUGAUGUUGAUAUUAGGAAGGAUUUAUAUGGAAACAUUGUCCUUAGUGGUGGAUCUACCAUGUUCCCGGGCAUUGCUGAUAGAAUGAGCAAGGAAAUCACUGCUUUGGCCCCAAGCAGCAUGAAAAUCAAGGUGGUUGCUCCACCUGAGAGAAAGUACAGUGUGUGGAUUGGUGGCUCCAUCUUGGCAUCUCUCAGCACUUUCCAACAGAUGUGGAUUGCUAAGGCGGAGUAUGAUGAAUCUGGUCCAUCUAUUGUGCACAGGAAAUGCUUCUAAUUCUUUGGGAUGGGAGCAGUGCAAGUGUAAUGUCCUGAUUUGGGCAAAGCAAUUGCUACGCACCAGUUGACUGUUUCUCUUAUCUGAUUUUGUUGAAACAAUGAGCUUGUAGAGCAGUGGGGGGUGAUGGCAGAGAGUUUCAAUUCUUUCAUUGUUGUUUUAAUCAGCUGUUAAACAGUUGUAAUUUAUAUGCCAAGUUUGAAGUUAUAUGCAUUCUGCACUUUAUUUUUA